AUGUUCGUGGGAGAUUCGCUGAGUUUGAACCAAUGGCAGUCACUCACUUGCAUGCUUCAUGUAGCUCUACCACACGCUAAAUAUAGCUCAGUCAGGACAGGAGGGCUGUCCACUUUCACUUUUCCAGCAUAUGGGGCUAAAGUGAUGUUCUCUCGCAAUGCAUUUCUAGUUGACAUUGUAAGCACAAACCAUGGGGCUGCUCUGAUGCUCGACUCCAUUGAAGGUGGAAAUUUAUGGAAAGGAAUUGAUGUUUUGGUCUUCAACACAUGGCAUUGGUGGCUUCAUAGAGGGAGGCAACAACCAUGGAAUUUUAUUCAAGUUGGGAAAGCUACUUACAGAGACAUGGAUCGGUUGGUAGCAUACGAGAAAGCCUUGAGUACAUGGGCUAAAUGGGUUGAGAGCAAUGUAGAUCCAGCAAAAACCAAAGUCUUCUUUCAAGGAGUUUCUCCAGAUCACAUGAAUGGAAGUGAUUGGAGAGAGCCGAAUGCAAAGAACUGCGAGGGACAGAAAGAACCAUUCUUCAAUAAGAGGGGCAAUUACAAGUACCCAGCAGGACCUCACCCAGCACAACUGGUUGUUGAGAAAGUAAUAGGUGCAAUGUCAAAGCCAGUGCACUUGCUUGAUGUCACAACCCUGUCGCAGCUAAGAAAAGAUGGCCAUCCCUCAGUCUAUGGCCAUGGUGGGCACAGGGAUCUGGACUGCAGCCAUUGGUGUCUUGCUGGGGUUCCUGAUACUUGGAAUCAACUUCUAUAUGCAGCUCUUCUUAAAAGCUAUUUAAAACCAGCUAGCUAG